UUGUUGCUUUUCUGGAUUUGGGUUCACUGACAGAAAUUAGGCCAGGACUUUUUGACUGUGGCAUAACAUGGUUAAGUUGCACGUGAAGCGUGGGGAUGAAAGCCUCUUUCUAUAUGAAACAACGGUCAAGACAAAACUGCAAGAUGUAAUAACUGAUCUAGCAAGAAUACAGAACCAGCGGCUUAAAAUAGAACGACUUUUUUAUGAUUUGGAAACUUUAGCAAAGCAUGGAAUUUGCUUUCCACCAAACAUGCAAGGUUUGACGGAAGAGCAAAUAAAUGAUUUAAAACUUAGCGAUGAAUGGCAAGAAAAAUGUCUGCCAAGUGGAGGAAGUGUGGACUGCAAAGAUCCUGUUGGACGACGAACAGGGAAAGCACCAAACGAAAAAAUGGCUGACAUUAUAAACAAAACGAGGCAUGAUGCGAAAUCCCAAGUUUCGAAGGAUUUGGUGCAAGCGAAUAAAUGUCUAACUUUAGCAGAUACCAAAGAAGCUAUAGAUAAAAUGAAAGGGGCGGUCAUGAUUGUUUACCCUAUGGGUUUGCCCCCACACGAUACUGUGAGACUGGAGUUUGAGAAUGAAGAAGACCUUUCUGGCACACAAGCUGCUGCGCAGGUGCUAGAAGAGACCACUGUGGAACUUUGGUGGGCUGGGAAGGAGCUCCUCAGGUCAAAAUCCCUUGGAGACUACAUUGGAAAAAACGAAAAGACUAAAAUUGUUGUCAAGUUACAAAAAAAGGGGCAAGGGGCCCCCGGCCGCGAGCCUGUUGUCAGUGAGGAGGAGCAGAAGAAAAUGAUGGCCUACUAUUAUCGCAAGCAGGAAGAUAUGAAGAAACUGGAGCAAAAUGAAGAGGACGCCUACUUGAACUCAGAAUGGGCCGAUGGAAAUCAACUGCAAAGGCAGUUUCAAGGAGUCUCCAACAUAAAGUGGCGACCUUGAGCUACAUUAUGUUUAGUUUAUUAGAAUCUUGUUGUAGUUGUUCUGGAGGAGAGAUGGUUUGAAGAGAUCAAUGCUGUUUAACUUAUCGGCGAAAAUUUUCCUUAUUACCUGCACUUAUUUAGUUCUAUUCUUUUAAAUAACUACAUUUUUACUUAUACAUCGUUUGCUAGAAUGGAUGUGUAGUUGAAUUAGACUGUGCAUGGCCCAACAUUAUAAGAUAAAUUGCGCAAAAAUGGAGUCAGCUAAAUACUAGCAACCUUUAAAGCUUUUUUCAUUUGUUUUUGUUCUUUUUCGUGUGCAUGUAUUAUUAGCUCUACAUGUUGUAGCGAAAUCGCCCAGUAGACAUUAUAAAUCUUUCAGUUUGCGUCGCUGCAAACUCAGCCAGUAUGCAGCGAAACAUUAGUUUAUCGUGGGCUGUUUCUUUUGUUUUGCGUGGAUCUUUUGCUUUGACGUGACUUUGUCCUAAUUUUAUAGUAUAUAACAUACAAAACGCAUUAUGAUGUUAGUUAAAGGAACGUGCAAGAAGUGAUGGUCAAGUACUCAUCAACUGCGAAAUAAUUCCAUGUCUGAGUACCUUGAAAGCAAGCAAUUAUAUCCAAAUUUUAUAUUUCUUGGGCAA